AUGUUUGAACGUUUUUCUUGGACUGGGUGUGUGUAUCCUGUUCUCAGGGACACUGAGAUAGGUUUGUGCCUGUGGUUGUGCUUGAAGCUCUGCCUGGGCAGAAGUGGCAGUGGAAAGGGGGAGGCCCUACUCAGCCACGGGGUUCAGUGUGGGGCGCCUGCCUGCAGAUAUCUCUGCAGCUUAGGCCUGGGACAUCCAGCCACCUUCCCUUCAGCCGCUCCUUCCUGGACCGCAGCCCUGGAGCCUUUCUUCUCCCAGACCCCCAAGGGCCGGGUUGGCGGCCUGCCCACCACCUCCGGCGGCAAGCGCUUCCAGCUCUGGGCCCUAGGACUGUUCUGCACCGAGCGCCACCUGGCCAAGCGCCUUAAGAACAACAGCUUCUACCCGUUCAUCCAACAGCAGCCCAAUGUCUUCGUGCUUGAGUACUACCUGGACACGCUGUGGAAGGGGACACUGCUCUUCGUCGUCUGCCUCCUCCUCGUCAGCUUCGGCUUCGUGAGCCAGGUGCAGAAGCAGGAGACUUGGGGCUUCCCCGCGUGCGGCGUGGUCGUCGGCCUGUGGCUCAUGAUUUCGUCUUUGCCGCGGCGCCGCCUGGUGCUGAACCACACGCGUGGCACGUACCACUUCUCCGUCCAGGGCCGCACCGUGUGCCAGGGCCCCAUGCACCUAGUCUACGUGCGCCUGGCGCUCAGCUCCGACGCUUAUGGAAGGUGCUUCUUCCAGUUGGUUCUAUGCGGCCACAAGCUGGAGCCGCUGGUGCUGGUGCAGCUGUCGGAGCGCUACGAGCAAAUGGAAUACUUGGGCCGUCACAUUGCCCGGAAACUCAACAUCAAUUACUUUGACUGCCUGGCCAAGUCGUACAGGCACGUGGUCCGUCACUGGCCGCUGGGGGCCACCUUCAGCCCCGGCAUCGUGCAGCGCAAGACCGGCACUUAUGGCCAACAGACCUUGCAGUCUGACCUGGACGUGUGAUUCUGAAGGCAGGUGCCCCAGCGCUGCCCCUGCCCCUCAGGCGUACAGUCUCCCUUUCCCUGUGAUUUCCCACCUUCACUGGACCUUAGUCUUCCCCUCAAUAAAGCCACCUCUUGCUUCCA